AUGAGAGCUACAACCAUUUUUUCAGCAUUGUUGACUUCUGCAUCACUUGUGCUGGCACAAGAAAAUAAGGCACUGGCCUCUAUUAUUGACGAAAACUUUCAUGUAGAGAAUUCGCUAUGGGAUUUUGAUGAUGAGAGUGAUAACAAUGCCACGAUGUGUGGUAGUGAUGGAUUAACUCUGACAAUUGCUGAGAGCGGUGAUAGCACAGACUUGUUCUCCGAAUUUUACAUACUCUAUGGGAGGAUUGAGGCAAUAGUGAAAGCUGGAAAUGCAAGAUCCAUUUCUUCUUCAAUCCAAUUUUUUUCUGCGCCAGGUACCAUACGUGAUGGUACGAGCCAAGGUUUAUUUGCUAUAGAUUGGGAUGAUGGUGAAGGAGAUGAAUUUUACACCUUUAGUACUGCAAUGAAUAGUAAUAAAAACAUUAGCACCCAAUGGGAAACCCAUUAUGUGAAGUCACCACAAACUGAGUACCAUAAUUACACAAUCGAUUGGACCAAGGAAAAACUGACUUUUUACGUUGAUGGGCGAGUGGUAAGAGUAGUUCCAAGUACAGCCACCGCAGAUUUUCCUAACUCUCCUGUCAAAUUUUUUAUUACCCAUUCGGAUGAUGGCGAUCCUGAGAAUGCUUCAGCAGAAUAUAUUGAUAUGCACGGCGGCGAAACUGAUUAUUUUAAAGGUCCCUUUAUUAUGAAUAUUAAAAAGCUUAUCGUUGCUGACUAUUCAACAGGAUCAAACUAUUCUUAUGUUCCUGGGAGCAACGCAACAUUGCCUCAGGCAAAUGGUGGUGAGAUAUAUGGAAGGUAUGAUCAGGCACAGAGGGAUUUAGCAGCGUUACAUCAGAAUGCAUCAUUAUCUAGUUCCUACUCUGUUUCCUCAGCUUCUAGCAAUCUGUCUUCCGUAACUACGUUUGCUAACACUUCAACUAUAUCCCAAAGCCUAUCCACGCAUUCGACUGAACUAGGCUCUGGCAACGGCGCAACUGGCGGAACCACUGCCCAUACUAAUGCCACCUCAAUAACCUCGGUUGGAUCUUCAAAUUCCUCAAGAACAUCUUCGUCUAGCCCAUCAUCAUCUGCUUCUGGGGCAGGUAGCGCAACUGGUUUGUCGAGUUCGUUAGUCACCUUCAUCUUUAUUCAUCUCUUCGCGCUUUUGUAA